CUGUCCUUGUUUUUGAGGGCAGAGUUUUUGCAGUGACUCAGUCGUGUUUCCAUCACUUCUGGGGACUUUACAUUGACACACAGACACAGAAUACAGUACGUCUCUGAGGGCCCCCCUUGCUCUCUUGGCCCCUGUAUCUUGUGCACAUGUGGUGGUGAUCAGGGAGCUCACUAACGAACCGUUCAUCACAUUUAAACACAGUCUGAAAGGUUUCUGUCAGACACUUGACCAGAGUCGAGUUUGCAGUCAGCUUUAAAGAAAUUAUUUAUUAUAAAUUUAAUUUGUUUUUGACUCAACUUCAAACAGAAACACAAGCUUUUCAUCCCAGGCUUUUGGAGGGCCCCCCUCCCCCCACUGGGGCCCUGGGUAGCCCCCAUGUCCUCCGUGUCUUAUCUUCUCUCUGAGUGCUUCUAUUCCCGUUUGUUUCCAUCUUUGGUCGGCUGUCCUCUCUCUCUCUCUCUCUGUCAUUGUCCUCUGCCUCGCUCGCCCACCUCUGGCUGCUAUAAAGCUCAUCCGUCUCCGUCCGUCCUCUCUGCACGAUGGCUCCGAAGAAAGUGGAACCGAAGAAGACGGAGGUGAAGAAGGUGGAGGCCAAGAAGGAGGAGCCCCCCCCGCCUCCCAAACCCGCCGAGCCGGAGCCUAAACCUCCUGAGGUGGACCUGAAGAGCAUCGUGGUGGAGUUCACCCCGGACCAGAUCGAAGAGUUCAGAGACGCCUUCACGCUGUUCGACGAGACGCCGGCGGGCGAGAUGAAGAUCACCUUCGCCCAGUGCGGGGACGUCAUGCGGGCGCUCGGCCACAACCCCACCAACGAGGAGGUGCUGAAGCUGCUGGGGAGGCCGAAGGCGGAGGAGAUGCACGCCAAGCUGCUGGACUUCGACAGCUUCCUGCCCAUGCUGCAGCACGUGGCGCGCUCCAAAGAGCAGGGCACCUUCGAGGACUUCGUGGAGGGUCUGAGGGUCUUCGACAAGGAGGGCAACGGCACGGUGAUGGGGGCCGAGCUCCGCCACGUCCUGUCCACGCUGGGAGAGAAGAUGACGGAGAACGAGGUGGACCGGCUGAUGAUGGGACAGGAGGACACCAACGGACACAUCAACUACACCGAGUUCGUCAAACACAUCUUGGCCGGGUAGCAGACGCUGACGGGUUCUUCUUCUCUGGUGGACUGAGGUUCUGUCCGUCUCUGAUGUAUCCAGGAUUAAAUGUGUUUCCUCUCUGUAAUAAAACACCUCUGGUCCUCCUCA